AUUUGAGUUUCAUUUCAGUGUCAUUUAGCUUCUUUUUGUUGAAUAUAUAUAAACCUUUUUUCUUCAACACUCUUCUCUGAUACACUUUCCCCCAUCUUGCUUCUUCUUCUGCUGCACCAUCGAACCGUUCACUCUGCAAAUCGCGUGUUCUUCGAAGAGGUUUUAAAAGAUGGCCGACGCCGAGGACAUUCAACCUCUUGUUGUUGACAAUGGAACUGGAAUGGUCAAGGCUGGGUUUGCAGGUGAUGAUGCUCCUAGGGCUGUGUUCCCCAGUAUUAUUGGGCGACCUCGUCAUACUGGUGUGAUGGUUGGGAUGGGUCAGAAGGAUGCUUAUGUGGGUGAUGAAGCUCAAUCAAAAAGGGGUAUACUCACCUUGAAGUAUCCUAUUGAGCAUGGUAUAGUCAGCAACUGGGAUGAUAUGGAGAAGAUUUGGCAUCACACAUUUUACAAUGAGCUUCGUGUUGCUCCUGAAGAACACCCUGUUCUUCUUACCGAGGCACCCCUCAAUCCCAAGGCCAACAGAGAGAAGAUGACCCAAAUUAUGUUCGAGACUUUCAAUGUGCCUGCCAUGUAUGUUGCAAUUCAGGCUGUCUUGUCUCUGUAUGCCAGUGGACGUACUACAGGUAUUGUGCUUGAUUCUGGUGAUGGUGUGAGCCACACGGUGCCCAUCUACGAGGGAUAUGCCCUUCCUCAUGCAAUUCUUCGUUUGGACCUUGCUGGCCGUGACUUAACAGAGUACUUAGUGAAAAUCCUUACUGAGAGAGGAUACUCCUUCAGUACCUCUGCCGAAAAGGAAAUUGUCCGUGAUGUGAAGGAGAAACUAGCAUAUGUGGCCCUUGAUUUUGAGCAAGAAAUGGAUACUACUAAGAGUAGUUCUGCAGUCGAGAAGAGCUAUGAAUUGCCUGAUGGACAGGUUAUUACAAUAGGUGCUGAGAGAUUCCGGUGCCCAGAAGUACUCUUCCAGCCUUCUCUAAUUGGUAUGGAAGCUCCUGGAAUCCAUGAAACUACAUACAACUCCAUCAUGAAAUGCGAUGUUGAUAUCAGGAAGGACCUGUAUGGAAAUAUUGUGCUUAGUGGUGGGUCUACCAUGUUUCCUGGAAUUGCUGAUCGAAUGAGCAAGGAAAUCAGUGCUCUUGCUCCAAGCAGCAUGAAAAUCAAGGUGGUUGCCCCUCCUGAGAGGAAGUACAGUGUCUGGAUCGGUGGUUCUAUCUUGGCAUCACUUAGUACCUUUCAACAGAUGUGGAUCUCUAAGGGUGAAUAUGAUGAAUCUGGGCCAGCUAUCGUUCACAGGAAGUGCUUCUGAGUUGGGUCAGUUUGAGAUGGGUGAUGCUCAACUUCUUUGUGCACUCAGUCUUGUGUCAUAUUUCAGUCAAGUUUGGUUGACUUAUUUGAUGCUUUGGUUUUCAAUAGAGAUAUCUAGUUUAAUGCAUGGAUUUGUAAGUUGAGUAUGUUUUAUGUUCCUCCAUUAGGUCCUCGGGAGCCAGACUGUUUUAUGCAAUUGGCGGCAUGGUAUUGGAACUUCGUAGGUUCUGUUUGGCUUGAUUUUCCUUUUAUUUGUUUUUCAUGCUGGCCAUGAAUUUAGGUGCCUCAAAUUAGGAGGCGUAUAAGUUUCAGGAUCUUUAUCUCCCCAGGCAGGGAUUUUUGAGUCAGUUUGUUUAUAUUUAUUGUAUGCUUAGUUGGUUUUCA